CCCUCCAUGUUGUGGGAGAGUGGAACAGCGCGUGAAGGCGUUAUAACGCUUCAGAACGGGGAAACAGAAGCGAUGUAAAAGUGCUCCGUGGCAUUUCCGCGCGCGCGAGGUCGGAAAUGACUCGGUGACUCGGUGACUCGGAAGGUCUCAGCGAGGCAGAGUGUCGGUGUCGAGUCACAGCUCGGUUCUCUGAUGCCCUGAUGGGAAGUCGCGUCUCCGGUGCUGCGGGUCCGAGCGCUUUAAUAAACACCGCGUGCGCGCAAUCCGCCGCCGCCGCGCGCCAACCGAGCCGCCGUGCGCGCGCGCCGCGUGCCUCCGGAGCAGCGGGUCUGUGAGGAUGAUGAAGAUGAUGAUGAAGAUGAAGAUGAAGAUGAUGAUGAUGGUGAAGCCCAGACUGGGGCGCGUGCUCCUCGCCACAUGCGCCGGAUCUUUCUUUAUUCUCAUUUUAUAUUUCCAGAGCAGCGCGAGAGCCGGAACAGAGCACCUUAUAGGAAGAACUGGUUUGCCAGGAAAAUUGAGGAGAACCCCCCUGCAGACUCUGUUCGAUGGAGAUCAGUGGGAUCACUCUGCUGUUGGGACGACGCUACAGACUCGUCGCUUGUUUCUGGAUGAAGCAUGUCGCUCUCACACUCGUAAGCGGCGCGUCCUGAGCCCUGAGGACCUGCGCCACCUGCUGGUGGACGACCGACACAAUCUGCUUUACUGCUACGUACCCAAGGUGGCCUGCACCAACUGGAAGCGAACGCUGAUGGUGCUGACGGGUGACGGACGCUACCGUAAUCCACUCGCCAUCCCUGCUAACGAGGCCCACGCUCCGGGCCGGCUACGCUCGCUCUCCGAGUAUUCCACAGCCGAGAUUAACCACCGUCUGCGCAACUACCUAAAGUUCAUAUUCGUGCGAGAUCCUUUCGAAAGACUCGUCUCGGCGUAUCGCAACAAAUUCACACGGAGCUACAACACGGCCUUCCACAAACGCUACGGCACCAAGAUCGUGCGGCGUCACCGUGCUAACCCUCAGCCUGAGGCGCUGCAGAAGGGCAACGACGUCUCGUUCGAGGAGUUCGUGUACUACCUGGUGGACCCGCGGACUCAGCGCGAGGAGCCGUUUAACGAGCACUGGGAGCGAGCGCACGCUCUCUGCCACCCCUGCCUCAUUCACUACGACGUGGUGGGCAAAUACGAGAGCCUGGCACAGGACUCGCGCUACGUGCUAAAGCUAGCUGGGGCAGAAGGAGAAGUGGAUUUUCCGGCUUCGUCUAAGAGCACGAGGACCACUGAGAGCAUGGCGGCCAAGUUCUUCAACAACAUCAGCCCCUUUUACCAGAAGAAGCUCUACAAUCUGUACCGUAUGGACUUCCUGCUCUUUAACUACUCAACGCCGACCUACUUGAAGUUCAGAUGAGAUGGGAUGAGUGGUGUGGAGUUUAAACACCACUGUUUUAGACUUUGUGGCUGUUCUGCGGAUCUGCUGCUAGCAGCUCUCGGAGAAACUCUUGGAGAACUGAUUACUGCUGGCUUCCUGCACGUCUUCUCCGAAUGCCUCAGUAAUUCCUCUGGCUGUAUUCAGUGCCAGCUGAACUUCCGAGUACGUGCCUUUGUUCUCUCAGUGUUGACGAACUGGAGCGGGAUUCUUCAUUAGCCGACAGAGAGAGUGAGAGAUUUUCACGGCAUUUAAACUCCUGCGCAUGUUUUAUUUUUAAAUAUAUAUUUAUGGUUUUUAUGUAUUUAUUGUAAACUUUGUACAUUGAACUGAAAUCUAAGUUUGUACUCAGAACUGUGAAUCUUCCAUAAAAACAAAACUUGACCAAUCAGAA